AUGAAAAAUGCUAAUGAAGCCAACUCGUAUACUAUAGUCAUAAAAUUGGGCUCUUCAUCGCUAGUGGAUGAAAAGACCAAAGAGCCUAAGCUUGCUAUAAUGUCGCUUAUUGUUGAGACCGUGGUCAAAUUGAGAAGAAUGGGCCACAGGAUCAUCAUUGUCUCUAGUGGUGGGAUUGCUGUUGGUUUGAGGACAAUGCAUAUGGACAAAAGACCUAAACAUUUAGCAGAAGUUCAGGCUAUCGCGGCUAUUGGGCAAGGUAGAUUGAUCGGGAGAUGGGAUCUUUUAUUUUCUCAAUUCGAUCAACGUAUUGCUCAAAUUUUGUUAACUAGAAAUGAUAUUUUGGACUGGACUCAAUAUAAGAACGCCCAAAAUACGAUUAAUGCAUUGUUGAAUAUGGGGGUUGUUCCUAUUGUUAACGAAAAUGACACAUUAUCGGUUAGAGAAAUUAAAUUUGGCGACAACGACACUUUAUCAGCAAUCACUUCUGCUUUGAUCCAUGCAGAUUACCUUUUCUUAUUGACAGAUGUUGAUUGUUUGUAUACUGAUAAUCCAAGGACAAACCCAGAUGCUAUGCCAAUUUUGGUUGUCCCAGAUCUCUCCAAGGGUUUACCAGGUGUGAAUACUACCGGCGGUUCGGGGUCAGAUGUUGGUACUGGUGGUAUGGAAACUAAAUUGGUUGCUGCAGACUUGGCGACAAAUGCUGGUGUUCAUACACUGAUCAUGAAAAGUGAUAUCCCUGCCAAUAUAGGUAAGAUUGUCGAAUACAUGCAAACUCUAGAACUUGAUGAUGAAAAUAAAGUUAAGAAUGUAUACGACGGUGAUUUAACAGUCCUACAGAAAAGAGAAUUUGAGAAAUUGAAGGCUCUCAACGUUCCAUUGCACACAAAGUUCAUUGCCAAUGACAAUAAACACCAUCUAAAAAACAGAGAGUUUUGGAUUUUACACGGUCUUGUUUCUAGAGGUGCUAUUGUUAUUGAUCAGGGAGCAUAUGCAGCUCUAACAAGGAAAAACAAAGCCGGACUAUUGCCAGCAGGUGUCAUUGAUGUUCAAGGUACUUUCCAUGAGUUAGAAUGUGUCGAUAUAAAGGUUGGGAAAAAGUUACCAAACGGUGAGCUAGAUCCAAAUUUUCCCUUGCAAACUGUCGGUAAAGCCAGAUGCAAUUACACGAGUGUUGAACUGACCAAAAUCAAAGGCCUCCACAGCGACCAAAUAGAAGAGGAAUUGGGCUACAAUGACAGUGAGUAUGUUGCUCAUAGAGAAAAUUUGGCAUUCCCACCUCAUUGA